AUGCCUGACCAUGUAAUCCAACGCUCUAUAUCAAGAACCACACCCGCCCAACUGGCACAAUCCACUGCUUCUCCUGAAUCAAUUGCUUCGUCUUGGCGGACCCAAAUAUCAAAUUGGUGGAACAAUAAUUCUGUCUCAAUUGCUUCAUACUCACAGCUUCCUCAACAAUCAGAGCUUGUCGAUAAUCAAUCGGACUGGGAGAGUGACGAGUGUUCUACUAUGGAAGCGCUGAGGCUAUCAAAAGCCCGAUGGCGCACAUACUGGCUAGCCGCAGUGCUUUGCUGCGGUGGUGCUCUCUUCGGUUAUGAUUCAGGUGUAAUUGGUGGCGUCCUCACGUUCAAGUCCUUCCAAGACUCCUUCCAAUUCACAGCUGCCCAAAAAACCCGUGUUAGCUCCAUCGCCGUGGGCAUCCAACAAGCCGGCGCCCUAGCUGGGUGUUUCAUCAUCUGGCCCGUGACAAACCGGUACGGACGACGAAUCGCCAUGAUGCUCUGUUCCCUAAUUUUCUGUCUCGGUGUUGUGCUUGAAGUUAUCGACACGCACUCACUCCCAGUGUUCUAUUUCGGGCGAGUAAUUUGCGGUCUAGGAAUUGGUGGCUCUGCAACUAUCAUCCCGAUUUAUAUGGCUGAGAUGAGUCCGAAAGAAAUCCGGGGUCAACUUGGUAGUUGCUACCAAUUAACCUACACAAUCGGUAUCCUGGUCUCUUACUGGAUCGAUUAUGGCGUUGAAGCAAUGCCGAGCAGUGCAAGUCAGUGGCAACUACCUAUUGGACUGCAGCUUGUUCCGGGUGCACUAAUGGGCUUGGGCAUGUUCUCGCUCGACGAGAGCGUGCGCUGGCUAUUAGCCCAUGGCAAGACUGCCGAAGCCUGGCGUAGCAUGGUUUGGAUCCGGGCCGGUGAUGGGCCAGCCGUGAUGGAGGAAUUUGAAGAGAUGCGCCGUGGUCUGGAAGAAGAGCGUCACGCGACGGCUGGUUUCCGACCUCGUGAGCUUCUCGAAUGGCCUAACCUGCAUCGAUUGUUGAUUGGUGGUGGCCUCUUCCUGGCGCAGCAGUCGACUGGCUCGACGGCUUUGGCGUACUUUGGCCCGCAGUUCUUCUCUCUGCUUGUCGGGCCUGGUGAUAAGAAUCUCCUGCUGACGGGUAUUUUUGGUGCUAUCAAAGUAGUCGCUUGUCUUAUCUUUGUCAUCUUCAUGUCAGACCGAUUCGGGCGUCGCCCGUUGUUGGCCAGCGGGGCUGCUUUUAUGUCCGUUUGCAUGCUCGCCACUGCGGCCGUGGUUAAGGAGUAUCCGCCAAAAGAUGGAGCCGUCACAUCUGCCGGUAUCGCUACUGUAGCCUUGAUAUACCUCGACAUCAUCGCCUACAAUUUCAGCUGGGGUCCACUACCUUGGCCAUGCACAAGCGAGAUUUUUCCCACGCGCAUCCGCGAACCGGGUGUUGCGUUUGGAGUGGGGUCUCAGUGGCUGUUCAAUUUUAUCUGGAGCUUUUCCACGCCCUAUAUUAUAGCAGGAAUUGGGUGGGCGACGUUCCUGCUGUUUGGGCUUUUGGAUAUUCUGAUUGUUGCGUUUACUUUCUUCUGUCUAAAGGAGACGGCAGGAAAGACGCUUGAGGAGAUUAAUGAGAUGUUUGAUGGGGUUGAUUCUGAUGCCGAGCGUGGUUGGAAGGGUGAUACAUUUGAUGCUGAGACUGAGGGAUAUGCGAGUCCUGCGCAGAAUGAGCGGGGCCAGUACUUGGAUCGCGCUGGUUCUGUGAAAUCAGGCCAGGAUAAAGAUGGUGCUAUGCAUUUUGAGCAGUCAACCGCUGGACGGGCUUGA